AUGAAAGAAUCAAACUCCACCGUCCUCCUGUUCAAUCUCAACAAAUCACAUCCACACCUAAGAAGGUUAUAUUCAGAGAACCCACAAGAGAACCCUCCAUUAACCUCCCAAAGUUCUGAAAAUGACACACCUAUCCUAGAUCCCAAUGCUCCAGUAUCAUUUUUAUAUGAAAAUAAUGGCCAAGAACCGUUAAGAUUAAUCGGAUUAGGAGUUUUUACUGCAUCUUUCUUGGGAGUUUGUUCUGCUGGGUGUUAUUUCAAUCCACAUGUACUAAGAGCAUUAAGAUUUGUACUACUACCAGGUUGGAAUUUUAGAAGUAUCAGUUUACCUACUACUUCUGCUACUGAUGAAGAAUUACCACCUGUUAUUGAGAAACCUAUCUUGCGAGAAGCUUUAAUGUGGAAUUUCAUUACUGUAUCAGUUCAAUUUGAUAUUCAGAUUGCACCUGCUGGAUCUGCAGAUUUCACGUAUUUGAGAGAUGUAUUUUGUAGGUCAUUAACAGCACAUGUAACUCAUGCUACAACAGACAGUUUACUACUUGAUUUUGAAGCAGAGCAUACUCUUCCAAUGUGGAUCUUAGCUUUAGAAAACUGUUGCAUUGCACCAUUUUUCAGACCUCAUAAUUAUCAAGUUUCACUGAGACGUGUAACAUGUGUAAAAUUAAUGGAAUCAGGGAAUUGGCUUGAUAACAAAUUACAGGCAUGA